GCUUCUCCCGGUAGAAAUACCAGGACACAGAUCCGAAAAUAGACUGAAACUCCGAGUGAGAAUAUUUAAGACUAACCAUCACUCAGUAGAGUGUAACUUGAAGAUUCUAUUUUAUCUUUAUUUUUAUUUUUUAUUAACCUCGUCAUCGGCUAAUCAUGACAUUUUUGAUCUACCUGAUUGUACUGACAACAGCCGUCAUCGCACAGGUGACAGCUAGCUGCCCAGCAGUGUGCAAGUGCCCUGCAGAGCCUCUGGUUUGCCCCCCAGGUGUUAGCGCCGUGCCAGACGGAUGUGGGUGCUGCAAGGUGUGUGCUGCACAGCUUAACCAGGACUGCAGCCCCACAAGGCCUUGUGACCACCACAAAGGGCUGGAGUGUAAUUAUGGCAAUGAUGUGACCAUGGCCUGGGGCAUCUGUCGAGCAAAAUCAGAGGGACGCACAUGCGAGUACAACGGCAGGAUCUACCAGAACGGCGAGAGCUUCCGUGCCGGCUGUAAACACCAGUGUACCUGCAUAGAUGGUGCUGUUGGCUGCGCUCCUCUUUGUAACAACAAGCUGCCACCUGCCUCGCCAUCCUGCCCCUACCCACGGCUGGUACGGAUACCCGGCCAGUGCUGCUUCAGCGUGGACUGCCAUAAAGGCACCUGGCGCCUCCCACCCAAGCAUCAGAUGCCUUCGCCACAGCAACACCAGCCAAGACCUCCGCACCAUCCCGCCCCACACCCACGUGAAAACGAGUUGCUAGUGAGCAACAAUGAGCUUGUAGAUGUCAAGUCCAGCGGCUGGGAGAGUGAACAUGGCUACAAACACUUGCCUGCAUGGAACCACCUGAAGGAGAAGAAGUGUCCAGUCCAGACCACCGAGUGGUCCCAGUGCUCCCGCAGCUGUGGGAUGGGUGUUUCUUCUCGCAUCACCAAUAAAAACCCUCAGUGCAAGCUGGAGAAGGAGACGAGAAUCUGCACCGUACGGCCGUGCCACGGCCUGACGGUGCCAGCCAAGAGAGGGAAAAAGUGCUCCCCGGCCCAGAAAGCCCCAGAGCCCAUCCGCCUGUCCUACGGAGAGUGUGUGAGCGUCCGCCUCUACCGGCCCAACUACUGCGGUUUGUGUACGGACGGACGGUGCUGCUCGCCACGCCGCACGCGCACGGUACCCGUGACCUUCGUCUGCCCGGACGGCGAGCGCUUCCAGAGGUCAGCCAUGUUCAUCCAGUCGUGCAAAUGCAGCGACGACUGCGGCCACCUCAACGAAGUGGCGCUCCCUCCGCAGCACUGGAUGUACGGAGACACACACAAAUUCAUAGACUAGUACUGAGGAGGGGGGGUUUUGUUUUGUUUUGAUUUUUUUUAAUGUGAUGAGGUCAACUUUCUCCACGAAGGAAGACGCUUCAAGACGAGGGGCCAUUUUUCUCACCUGGCUCCAAGUGAGUGAAGACCGCAGGCGGGAAGGGCAUCCUCGGUUUUAUUCACUAUCAUAAAGGCUACCCUUAUUGUAAUGUGUGUGUGACUGGGGCAGAUCGUACACUUACCUGCUCCUGUUCAAACAGACGUGGGACCUAAAUUAGAGCCCUGAAGCACCCCUGGACUUCCUUCACUCUGGACUUGAUUGCUGGUUCAGACGUGAGGGAGAUUUGAGACCCUCAGAUCAGCCUGAGAAGAGAAACACUUUUUUUAAGAGCAACAAAGCACUUUGUUCAGCACUGAAACUUAGGAGAUAAAACUUUGACAGCAGUGCAUAAGGAUCACCUCACCUGCAGCAAAUAGCCUUACAUACCGUGGCGCUAAUGACUCCGUAUCCCACAAUGCACUGUGACUUAGUAACAACCAGCAAAAGAAUAACUUUUGCAGAUUUAUGUAGAAAACUCCAGAAUGAGGACAAAGAUGUUUUGUUUUGUUUUGUUUAUUCAAAAUGUACAAAGUCAGCACAGCAUGUUAUGAGCAUCAGCACGGAGUGCUCCAAACUGUUUUACUUUUUUGGCAUGCUGACAUACUAAGCCAUCUAAAAAGUAAAUUUACAAAGCAAUGAAUGACAUUGUUUCCCUGUAACUCACAGACCGUUCACUGGUAAGGAAUGCUACAUGGAACUGACUCAAGCAUUCAGCGAGGACUGGACCAAUGCAAAACUCUUUUUCUUCAAGACAUCUGAUUUCUUGUUUGUGCAUUAAAUGCAGCUUAGAGAAAUGUCUUACACGAACUGUUUUUUCCUUGAGAGUUUAUUUUGGAUCACACUGUAUUCUGUAUAUAUACACACAUUUUCUUUAUUUUGAUCCAAGUUUGUAUUAUUGUCACAAUUUAUCCACUUUAAGAUGCCACAGUGUAGCAGUCACAAGUUUUUUGUUGGUCCAUCAUGUGAUAAAAUUGGCUGCUGAACUCAA